AUGGAUGAUAGUGCUUACGAAAAUUUUAAUGGAGUUGAAGCAUUAAAUGAAAGCGAUGAAGCAAAAUCAGAAAAUGAAAAUAACCAAGCAAAGUCAGUAAAUGGAAGCAAUGAAGCAAAGUCAGUGAAUGAAAGUGAUGAAGUGAAAUCAGAUAAUGAAAGUUAUGGAGUUAAAUUAGAAAAGGAGAGUAAUGAAAUUAAGUCAGAUAAUGAGAAUGAUAAAGGCGAAUUAGAGAGUUGUGACGACAAAACGAAAACUAAUCAAUAUAAUGAAAAGUCAACUUAUGAGUUAAAUGAACAAAAUGAAGUAGAUUCUUACUGUGAAAACUCAAAUGAUGCAUCAAAUGAAUUGAACAGUUCGCAAAUUCCGUGUAAUUUUAUCUUUAACGAAUGUUUACUCUCGGCACCAACGUUUCACCCAUACUACUUUAUGAAAGACCAUAUCCUUCAAUACUUGGAGCCCAUAAUUAAAAAGGCUAAAAAGAAAAAUUACAUGUGUUGCUGCUGA